AUGGCCUCAUACCUUGUCAACUUUUUAAAGAGUACAUUCAGCUACAAUUCGUCUUACUGGACCAACAAGAAAACCUACUCGUUGAAGGACGGGCUCGAAGGACUGACAGACAAAGAAACAAAACUUGCUUCGUAUUGGAACACGCCGUUUAACAAAAUAUGCCUCGGAAUGAAAGUCAACAGCUUUCCUACGAGCUGGACAGUGAUCGACCACCAAGCAAGCUCUUUGUUCAAUUUGAUCAAAGAUGGCAACUUCACAUUAACAAAAGUUGGAAUCAGUGCAUGGGAAUCUCUUGUCGCUUAUGCUUCGCGCUGGUUGGAAAAUGAAUAUCGUGGUUAUGAUGAAGGGUUUAAUUUCUAUAAUGAAUACGUGUAUGCACGUAUUGGAUUUGCCCUUAGUACAAAAUGCAAGGCGUUCGUAGGCUUCGGUACAGCAUUUCGUAAUGGUGAAGAUAAACUGUCUAAUAUUACGUGCGGUUAUGCUUUGUGCAAAUGGAAAACUACUAAAUUUGCAGCAUUUGGAUACAUACUUGCACAGUAG